UUGCAAGCGAGGCACGGUGUUUGUACCUUGUGAGUCAGCUGUUUGACAGGUACUCUUUCUCUCCGUUUCAAAAGUCUUCUCUUUUUCAGUGUUAAAGGAGGAAAGGGGCUUGCUAAUCCGGAAAUUUUGGUGACGCCUGUUGUGUCUUGCAAUCAACAUAUGUGUGACUGAGAACCUCAUGAUUGUCUCACGAGGGGUGGUGUUCAGGGCAGGUGGACGACAGUUGUCUAGAGUGCUCGGUGGGGCUAGACCAACAGAACAAAUUGCUGAACCAAGCAAAAGCUCUGCUAUUCGACUCAAGUCUUCCGGACCUUCUGACUCAGGUUUUUGCCAGUUUACUGCAGGAAUCAUGCCAGAGACUGUGCCUAUGUAUCCAACUUUGGAGAAACUGGGCCUGCUGAAUGCUGCCCACGUCCGGAUAAAGGACCUGGCACGCGUAGAGGAACUGGUGUCCUCUCUUGCGUCAAGUGGAUUCUCGAAGCUUCAGAUUAUUGCAGAUUAUGACAUGACAAUUACAAGGUUUCAUGUGAAUGGACAGAAGGCAGAGUCCAGCUUUGGCAUUAUGGACAACAGCAGCCUUAUGCCAUCCUUUUAUCGGGAAGAGGCUAACAAGCUCCUGGCCAAGUAUUACCCCAUUGAGAUUGACCCUAAGAUGUCGGAGGAAGAGAAGAUUCCGUACAUGAUUGAAUGGUACAGUCAGAUCCACGAGCUGAUCAUCAAGUGCAAGGUCAGCCAGAAGUCUCUCGAGGAGAUGGUCACCAGGAGUAAUGCAAGAUUAAGAGAUGGAACUCGAGAUCUGUGCAAAAAGCUUCAUGAGUGUGGUGUUCCAGUCCUGGUUUUCUCAGCUGGAAUGGGUGACAUAUUAGAACAAGUAUUGCGGCACUUUGAUGUAUAUACAGACAACAUUAAAGUGGUGUCAAAUUUCUUCAAGUACGAUGAGGAGGGAAUAGUUGUUGGUUUUGAAGGUGACUUGAUCCACAUGUUCAACAAAAAUGAGAACGCCAUCCAUUCAUCAGACUAUUUUGAUAAGUUGACCGGGCGGAACAAUGUGAUUCUUCUUGGUGACUCUUUAGGUGAUAUUAAGAUGGCCGUUGGAGUUCCUCAGCCAAGUAAUGUAUUGAAGAUUGGCUUUCUGAAUGACAAGGUUGAAGAAAGACUGGAGGCCUACAUGAAUGGAUUUGAUAUUGUAUUAAUUGAUGACCAAACAAUGGACCUAGUAAACUCCAUAGUAAGGAUUAUGGAAUAGUUAGGCCAGAUUAUUGACUUCAAAGCAUUAAAAUCAGGUUGUCGGAUGUGCAAAAAGCAAUUUGUUAAGUGGUUAUGCAAAUGUCUUAAUCAAAGGGAUCACAGAAGUUAUGUUUGCACACCCAUAUCUGUACACAAAGCACCCUAUUUCUACAUAUAUGGAAAAGCAUUUAUAAUGUUGGGUGUGGGAAUUUUAGCAUGAGGUUGAAUGAAAGCCAUAGAUGUGUUAGUGCAUUUUUUAAAAACUCCUUUGUUAAUGGUCAUGUUCGUAAAAAGUUAAAAAAUGAGCAGUAAUUUGCUACCAGAUGUGUGUAUGAGGUAAUUUUUGUGCUCAAUUGUCAGGUGUAACAUGACUUUCAAGUUGAUGUAACCUUCAAAUGGUGUAUUCCAAUUUUUAAUGCACAUAAAAUAGCAUCAUUUGGUUUUCAAGGUUAAUGUGUUCAGUAUGUCUAUAAUUAAUAUUCAGAUUGAGAUAUUUUAAUUUCCAAGAUCAGCUAUUAUUUUAAUAAUUUUUAAGAAGUUAAUGGCAGUAGAAUCAAAUUAUUUGUAACUUGUGUCUUGUUAAAUAUAAUCUGAACCAGUAACAUAUUUGUAAGAAAGAGUAUAAAAUUACACUAUGUCCAAGUUGUUUUUAAAAAAAUGCUUAAAUGUUGAUGCAUCUGUUCCUAAAUGUCUUAAAAUUACCAAAUUACAUCAAGAUAAUCAGUUUUAAAAGUAGCAAAGGAGAGUUUAACCUGUUGGGGGCAAAUAUACAUGCAAAAUCCACUGUAAUUUUAGUUCAUUCAUUUUGUUUACACACAGAUGGCUCCACAAGAACUUGGUCAGAGGAAUCAGUCAUUAAUCCUGUUAUCACGUUUACCUAUUUCCCGUGAUUUUCAGAAAUAGUUAAUUGUUAUUUUUUAUUGCUAUUUGUGUUGUUGAUAACAUUAUAGUAUACAUAAUAUCUGUAAUGAUAAUAUUUAAUAAUAUUUAAAACAUUAGGGGAAAAAAAUUAAUUAAAAUUCAAAGAAUGAAUUAAUCAGGUAAGAUCAGGUAACUCUUUUGGUGCUCUUAGAGCCCUCUGUGUAAACAAAAUUAGUAGACUAAAACCAAAGUUAACAUGAUACCUAUAGUUGCCUUCUAAGUACCAAUAGGUGAGUUUAGGAUAUAUAAUAUUGAAUAGUCUAGGGGAUAGCAUGACUUUUUAGAUUUGAUUGUGACUGUGUGUAUAAAGAAAGAAUUGUAUUUUAAGUGUGAGUGAGGAAACCCUUGUUAAAAUGGUUGUUAAAAUGUGGUAUUCAUAUAUGUGUUGUGUCGUGUACAUGAGCUGUUUUAUCUGCACCAUAAUAGACCUACCUGUAAAGUUAAUACUUAAAACUGGAAUUAGAGGUAACAGUGAAUUUUUUUUUUCUACCAGUAGUAAAUGCCCACAGUACUGUAAUACCUUACUGUAACAGGAAAUAUUAUAUCUUAUUCAUUUAAAAGUAUUCCAUUAUAAUAACAAGUUAUUUGUUUUCCAGCUGUACAACCACUGCAAGUAAGUCAUUUAACUACCCAGACAUUAAGUUAACUUCAUAAAACUAGUGUGGGAAAUAAAAUUUUGGAGAUUACAAACCAGAACUAAAAUUCCUAGUUACAGAAAGUGUAUAACAGAAUGUGCAAUGUAAUAAUAAUUGAACAAAGACAAAAAUUUUUGCAUAUUGCAGUCCUUGCCAUUUGGUUUAGGUGAAGCACUUGUGACUACCUAGAUAUUGGUGGGAUGAUAGCUACUAUUAGUCUUUCACUGUAGAAGUGGUAAUGUAAGUAGCAAGUUCAAGUAGAUCAACACAAUCACACCACAACUACUGAAUAGACGGGAAAGUGAGAAUGUGGCUUUCAGUAAAAUACAAUUAUGCUUUCUUUUCUUUCUUUUUAGUAGAUUAAAAAGUCUGUUUACAAACAAUAACAUGUAUAAAAUAGGGGAACAGUUUUAUCAUUAUCUUCAGCCUUGACCAUACCCAUGGUAGAGCGAAAUCACCAGAUAAAGCAGUGUGUCUGAUAGUUUGACCAUUUGCUGUUGGGUAUAGAUAAACAACCCUGCCAGAUGCCAGCACCCUCAUGUGUAUGACAGCACAUAAGCUUUGCACAGUAAUCAGUCAAAAUCCACUGGGCUCUGUUCAAUCAUGUGCAUGGGGCCUUAGGGAUACAUAUGCAAUACCUGCUGAUAUCAGACUGCAUCAAGUCAAUAUUGGGGAAAACAAUUCUGUAAUCAUGAUUUUAUUUGUGCUACAAAAAUGACAUUAAUAUCUACCCAAUAAAUUUUCAGGAAUUUAUAUGUAUUACCACCAAGUGAGCUUGUUUUCUUUCUUUCUAUUUCAUGGAAAUGACACUGGUUUGUUAAAUUCAUCUAGUAAAAUUAAUAAGCAUUUAUCAAUAAAAGUACAAUAUUAGCUAAGUUAUGUUCACUUUACGUAAAAGUAUGUUAUUCACAAACAAGUUGGUAGAUUUUCAGGAACAAAAGGCAAGAUAGACUAUAGACUUCUUGGUAUUUUGACAAUAUUGAAACUUGUCUGUAAUACCAAAAUAAUUUUGGUGGUUUGUUAGUGUACUGUAACUAAAGUAAUUUUGUCUACUUGAUUUUGAAACCAGUUGCUGUCUACCAAGGAGUCUUUUCCAAAAUGGGAGUGUCUAAAAUCUUUACCAGUCAAAUAUAUUAUUUUGUAAUAGCUUCCAACUCAGUCUAUGUCUAAUAUAGGUUUGUUUCUUAUUCCAUAUAGGGAUUAAACAUAUUGCAACUGAUAUUUUUAACAAAUAUCAUUGUAUUUGUAUUAUGGAUAGAACACUUAACACUUAAAUAGAAACUUGUAACAGUUUUAUCAGAAUGGGAUCUUGUAAAAAUAGAAAUGUAAAUUUACCAGUUUAAAGCAGAGCACAAGGUAAUGCUCAAAUAGAUGUAGAUAACCUAGUAAGCUUUUUCAUAUUUCUUUGCAUUUUAUACUUCUGAACUGGCUGGGUGAUGGUUGGAAAUUUUCAGUGAAUAUAUCGUAAAACAUGUAAAAGUUACUCUAGUCAGUGGUAAAGUUUGUUACUUUGGUGAAGAGCUAACUUGCAAGUGGUGAAAAUAUUUGAGCUCUUGUAUAUUUAGUUAAUACCUAAUGACUAUUUUUCAGAUAUUGUUACCAAUGAUUACCAAAGGAUAUACCUUCCUAAUAUAAUUUUAGAAAGCCUCCAAAAUAAAUUUUUUUAAAAAUCUGCUGCAUCAACUAGUUAACAAACAUGAACUGUAGACUUUUUUCUGAACAUAGAUCUGAUUUAACACAGGUUAUGUAAAAAAUACAAAAAAGGCUGCUUGUAAAUAAUAUUGAGUGCUCUUUUGUGCUUGGUUUAAUGUCUUGUUCCUUUUACAAGGAUUUUUCCACAAUCUGUCUGUCAAUCUCUUGAAGGUAUGGUUAGUAGUCAUACAACUUCCACUUGACUGUUCAAAGUUGAAAUUUGCUUAUUUUUGUAAUAAACUCUAUUGGAACAAAUACAUAUCAACAUUAACAUUCA